ACAAAAGCAGCACAAUAAAGCCGGAGAGCUCGUAAAGGGUCGGAUAGUAUAUAGAUCCGACAUUGGAAACAGAAAAGCUUAACACUGAAAAGAAAGAUCAAGGCGGAGGAUAACGUGUUAGCACCAAGGACAUAAACUAGGAUAUCUGUACAAAACGGCUUAUUUUUAAUUAGGGCAGCGGUGUAGUUUAUAAAAAGCGCAGAGAAAGAUCGAUCAUCCGCGGGAGUCUCUUUGUAAUUAGAUGCGAUAGCAGAUUAAGUUCAAGAAAAUUAAUGUUGUAAUUCGAAACGCGUUGUUGUAGCGAGCGAGUGGGUAUCAUUCUCGGGAGCUUUGCUACAGAUACAUUUGUGUUCGGAUUAGUUUCAGAUUGUCACGUUGCUGAUAGGGAAUUGUUGCAAGUAGUAGUCAACGACAAAAGCAUUCAAUUAUAUCUGAACUAUAUGUAGUGUGGUAAGCGCAGGGCAGCUGUAACUGUAAUUGAAAAGUGGUUUAUGCAAUUAAGCACAGAAACUAGUAAACCACAGUAUUCCACGGAGUUUCGAUUCAUUCCACUUUCUGGGAAUUCCAGCCGUUGUACCAGGUCAGUGUGUGCGUAAUAGGAAUCUGCUGUUCUAGUCAGUGAACCUGUGGAUUAAGUCUGUUCAUCUGAUGAAAACCUGAUUUGAUAACAAGUCUGUAAACAUAUCUGAAAGUAAGCCGGGCACUUUGUUUUUUCAAGCGGUGUGUUCGCUUUUCUCCAAUACGGCUUGUGGACUGUGAGUGUGUUUUAGCAGGAGUGGAAGACUCGGGUGUUAGGACCGCUGGAUGUUUCGGGGCCCCCAGCAUUUGCAAAUGGCUUGUUGUCUGAAGGAUGAGUUGCUGUGUUCCAUCUGCUUGAGCAUCUACCAGGACCCCGUGAGUUUCGGCUGUGAGCAUUACUUCUGCAGGAAGUGCAUCACUGAGCACUGGAGCCGACAACAGCAGCACAGCACCAGAGACUGUCCGGAGUGCCGCAGGACCUUUGCGGACCCGCAGCUCUCCCCAAGCCUCAAGCUCUCCAACAUUGUGGAGAGGUAUUCUGCCUUCCCACUGGACGCCAUCCUCAACGCCCAGCGGAACUCGUACCCGUGUAAGGACCAUGAGAAGGUCAAGCUCUUCUGCCUUAGCGACAAGAACCUUGUUUGCUUCUUCUGCGACGAGCCAGCUCUGCACGAACAGCACCACGUGACCAGCAUCGACGAGGCGUUCGAGGAAAUCCAGAGGGAGAUGAAGGAGCAGCUAGUGGCCCUGCAGGACAGUGAGGGGGGACACAUGGAGGCCCUGCAGCUGCUGCAGAGACAGCUCACUGAGACCAAGUCGUCUGCAAACAGCCUGCGUGCCACACUGGCCGAUGCGUUUGAGCGACUGCACCGGUUCCUGCGCGAGCGGCAGAAGUCCAUGCUGGAGGAGCUGGAGACAGACACGGCACGCACGCUCAGCGACAUCGAGGACAAGAUUCAGCGCUACAGCCAGCAGCUGCACGACGUCAAGGAGGGGAUCCAGAUCCUGCAGGAACGCCUGAACGAGAGCGACCAGCACGGCUUCCUGCAGGGGGUAGCCCUGACCUCUGAGAGAAUUAAAGGGAAGAUCCAUGAAACUAACCUGACAUAUGAAGAUUUCCCCACAUCCAAAUACAUGGGACCCCUGCAGUACACAAUCUGGAAAUCCCUCUUCCAGGACAUCUCGCCAGUGCCGGCGGGGCUGACGCUGGACCCCAUCACGGCUCACCAGCGCCUCAUCCUGUCUGACGACUGCACCAUCGUGGCGUACGGGAACCUGCACCCUCAGCCGCUGCAGGACUCCCCGCGCCGCUUCGAUGUGGAGGUGUCCGUGCUAGGCUCCCAGGGCUUCGACUCUGGUGUGCACUACUGGGAGGUGACAGUGUGUGAGAAGACGCAGUGGAUGAUCGGCCUGGCCCACGAGGCGGUGAGCCACAAGGGCAGCAUCCAGAUCCAGCCGGCACGCGGCUUCUACUGCAUCGUCAUGCAUGAUGGGAACCAGUACAGCGCCUGCACGGAGCCCUGGACCCGCCUCAACGUCAAGACCAAGCUGGAGAAGGUGGGCGUCUACCUGGACCACCCCAAGGGUCUGCUGGUCUUCUACAAUGCUGACGACAUGUCCUGGCUCUACACCUACCGGGAGAAGUUCAGUGGCAAGCUUUACCCUUACUUCAGUCCCGGGCAGAGCCACGCCAACGGCAAGAACGUCCAGCCCCUGCGUAUCAACACCGUCAGACUAUAGGCGGGAUGUGGGGUAGGGUAGGGUGGGGCUGGGGGGGCGGGCAGUGUGUACAGACUUGAGAUCAAUUAUAAGUAUAUAAUUAACAGGCUCUGCUUUUACGGGUUACCAGAUUGAGGUAAAUACCAGUGCUGCUCUCCU